GCAUGCGACAAGGGUGUAACCUGGGUACAGGUAUCUAAUCACAAUUUUUGAGAUGGAGGGGAAAGUUGGAUGAUCCCAAAUCCAACGGGAACUGAGAUUAUAAGGCUUAUGAUUUCCACCGUUUCUUGGAUUUCUCUUCUUCUUGCUUGUUUACCUCGCCAAGAUUUCUCCAAGUCUUUCUAGUUGUCUUCUUCGUUUUCAUCUUGCAAGAUGGCGUCAACGAAGAAUCAAAUUGAUAAUGUCGACACUGUCGAGCAUGCUCAUCCAUCCACUCAUGUCGAUUUGAAUAAUAAUAUUACUGCCAAAAUCCAAAAUCCCUUGGCAGGUUUAUCAGAAAGUACCCUCAUUCGAGAUGUAGGAGAAUUUGCCCAAGCCAACGACCUCAACCAUAUCCUUCCUUUACUUGAAAAAGGUGCUUUGGUAGCAUCCGACCCAGAGAACUUUGAGAAUGUAGGAAGAUUGGAUGAGGAAGAUAAAGUUGCUUUGAGAUAUGAGGCAGCGCAUAGAUGGAGUCAUCCAACGACGCUUUACUUGACAAUCAUCACCUGUUCUAUCGGUGCAGCUGUUCAAGGUUGGGAUCAAACGGGUAGUAAUGGAGCAAAUCUUUCAUUUCCACUAGAAUUCGGGAUUGGCCAAGGAGAUAACCCAAAUUCUCCAAACCAUGAUCGUGAUAAUUGGCUUGUCGGUUUGGUUAAUGCAGCUCCAUACAUUGGAUCUGCUUUCUUUGGCUGUUGGAUGAGUGAUCCCUUCAAUGCCUGGUUCGGACGUCGCGGUACUAUCUUUAUCGCAGCUAUCAUUUGUAUUUUUACUCCCAUCGGAGGAGCUUUCGCGAAGUCUUGGGAAACUCUUUUUGCCAGUCGUAUAAUUUUGGGACUUGGAAUGGGUCUGAAAGGAAGCACAGUACCAAUCUUUGCUGCGGAGAAUAGUCCAGCUAUGAUUCGAGGAGCAUUGGUCAUGUCAUGGCAAAUGUGGACUGCUUUUGGUAUUUUCUUAGGAUUUUGUUGCCGAAAGAUCGCAUGGAGACUUCAAAUUGGAUCUGCAUUCAUUCCAGCUCUGCCUCUUGCAGCGUUGAUCUUUUUCUGCCUGGUACAAUCUCCAAGAUGGUUGAUGAAGCGAGGAGAAUACCAGAAGGCCUACAAGUCCCUUUGCCGACUUCGCAAGCACGAUCUUUUUGCUGCUCGUGAUCUCUACUUCAUCGACUGUCAACUCAAAAUCGAAGCAGCAAUCGUCGGUAAAACCAACUACGUCAGUAGAUUCGUUCAGUUGUUUACCAUUCCGCGUGUACGAAGAGCAACUCUUGCAUCUUUUACCGUUAUGAUUGCUCAACAAAUGUGUGGUAUCAACAUCAUUGCAUUCUAUUCUUCGACCAUUUUCAGACAGGCAGGUGCUUCCGAAAAGAAUGCAUUGAUUGCUAGUUUUGGAUUCGGAUUGGUUAAUUUCGUAUUUGCCUGGCCAGCCAUUUGGACCAUCGACACCUUUGGUCGACGUUCUCUACUUCUUUUCACUUUCCCACAAAUGGCAUGGUCUCUCCUCAUCGCCGGUCUAUGCUUCCUCAUCCCUGAAGGCUCCACUGCCCAUCUUGGACUCAUCGCUACAUUCAUUUACAUAUUUGCUGCCUUUUAUUCACCAGGAGAAGGACCUGUUCCUUUCACUUACUCAGCCGAGGUUUUCCCCUUAUCACACAGAGAAGUUGGAAUGGGCUGGGCCGUUGCAACAUCCGGACUCAAUGUCCUCGCCUUCUUCAUGAUCUUCCUCUUCGUCCCCGAGACCAAGCAACGUACCCUCGAAGAACUAGACUACAUUUUCGCCAUCCCAACCCGUACAUUCAUGAAAUAUCAAAUCACCAAAACCCUUCCAUACUGGAUUCAACGAUAUGUAUUUUUCAACAAGAAUGCCGUACUAGAGCCCCUUUAUCGUUUUGACGAGACGGCGGAUUAUAGAGCGCCCGAUACGAAACUUACAGGACACCCGGAACAGAUUGAGAAGGUGGAGAGGAGCAGUGAGGGAGAGAGCGCUGAGAUUACGACGGGUGAGAAAAAUUAAUGAUGUUAAUGGGGAAAGGGAAUGAAGGGCUGGGAUUAGUCGAUAGGAUGUCUUCUAUAGGAAUAGAAAGAUAGAUAAUGGAGGGUAGAGAUACACAAAUAUACCAAGCUGGAUCUUUUAAAAACUUGUUUCCUGUCUGCCUGCUUGAAUCUGUGAUUUUAUGACACGAGGUGAUUUAUUUAGCUCAUAUUAAUCGACGAAAUCAUGU